CAUCCCACGCAGUAUUGGAAAGCGUUUGCAGUGAUCCCACCCCAACAGUGUGCGGGUUGAGACCACUAGCAGACUGGAGCAGACUCGCUGCGGGAAUGCUUAGAAUGAAGGGUUAGGGAUCUUCGUGUUGUCUGCGGCCUCAACCAGCAUUAGGGACUACUCUGCUGACUGGCCCAUCUCCCAUGCUGUCGCCCCACAGCAGGAUGACAGCUGUUGUCCCGUUAGAACCUCAUUGAACCUGUUGCAAAGCCAUCCUUCACAACCCAUGUGCAUCAUCUUCUUUAAGUUCGAUCCUCACCCUGUUUCCAAAAAUGCGUACAGGUUCAUUCUGGCAGCUAACAGGGAUGAGUUCUACCACAGACCAUGCAAAUUGGCAGACUUCUGGGGGAACAACAAUGAGAUCCUCAGUGGGCUUGACAUGGAAGAAGGCAAAGAAGGAGGCACAUGGCUGGGCAUCAGCACACGGGGGAAGCUGGGGGCACUCACUAACUACCUGCAGCCACGACAGAACCCAGAGGCCCGUGGCAGAGGAGAACUUGUGGCCCACUUUCUGACCACUGAUAUGGACAGCUUGUCCUACCUGAAGAAGGUCUCCACAGAAGGCCACCUAUACAACGGCUUCAACCUCAUAGCAGCUGACUUGAGCACAACAAAAGGAGACUUGGUUUGCUACUAUGGAAACCGGGGGAAGCCUGAGCCCAUUGUCCUGAAACCAGGGACCUAUGGGCUGAGCAAUGCGCUGCUGGAGACACCCUGGAGGAAGCUAUGCUUUGGCAAACAGCUCUUCCUGGAGGUUGUGGAGCAGAGCCAUGUGCUCCCCAAGGAUACUCUUGUUACCCAGCUCCUGGAUGUGCUCAACAAUGAGGAGGCACAGCUGCCAGACCCAGCUAUUGAAGACCAGGGCCGGGAGUAUGUGCAGCCUAUACUGAGCAAGUAUGCAGCUGUGUGUGUGCGCUGCCCCAACUAUGGUACCAGAACCAACACCAUCAUCCUUGUGGACGCAGAUGGUCAUGUGACCUUCACGGAGCGCAGCAUGCUGAACAAGGACCCCUCCUGCUGGGAGACCAACACCUAUGAAUUCAUGUUACAGAGCUAAUCCUCCACUCCUGGGUAUGGUCAGCAGGCUCUUGGGAGGCCCUGUCUCAAGGGCCAGUGUGGACAGGAACCUGCCAUGGCCACACUGCACUACUGAUGACUUGACUAACAUCCUCCAGGACCUGAGCCUUCUGAUUUGUUUAUUAUCCAUCCAUGUCUUGUACCCAGCUCAGGGUCUGCCUUUAUGCCAAUGGGGAGUUACAGAGUCUAAUGUCAGGUCUGGGACAGAACCAGGUGUGCCCUAUGUGUGGGAAUGCAUCUGGGCCUACCUUGUCCACAUGUGGAGGCACACACACACAUUUAGGACACAUGCCCAUACACAUACACACCCACAUGUGCACAGACGCAUAUAAGCACACAAAGUUGCACUAGUGUAUACAUAUUUGAACACUUGCUCAGGAGUGUACACACACGUGUGCAUGCCAAGCAGGCAGAGGAGAACUUCUUACCUUACAUACACUUGUAAUCAGUGACUCUUUGCUCUGGUCAAAUGACAGGAGUAGACUUUUAUUUAAAUGGUGCCUUAAGUGAUAUUUAAAGUGGUGCAUAGGACACCACUGUGCUUUACUUCCUGACAACCAUAACUGCUCCUGAGAGGAUAUGGGCCAUAUUUGGAAUCACACACGGAGAGGACCAGAGAAAAACUCACUUUUACAAUAGAAGCUUAGCCUUAUUAGAGAUCCAAUGGUCCUGUGUAUGCCAGAGUCCCAUGUGCAUUGGAUAGUCUUGAAUUGGGGAGGUGGCCCCAUGUAUGCUGGGUGUUUUUUUUUGCACCAGGGGUCCUCCUGAAUGGUCAGUUCCAUGGUGGAGGAUGAUUGUGUGUGUGCCAGGGGCUCUUAGGCCUCCACUUACCCAAGUGGGCAUUAUGGGUUCUGGGUAGGCCCAUCUCAGCAAGUGGACUUAGCUACCCCUUGCUGUCUCCCUUCUUGGUAUGUCAAACUUCAUAGGACUCUGAACUUGAAUGUGAGCUGUUGAUAAUAAAACUUUAAACUGUGGUG